AGCAGCGCAACAGGUGUUGGUACAAGAGUAUUUUCGGUCCUUAACUGACUUCCAAGAGUUUGAACAGCAGCUGCAUGCAACUGCUAAGAAGGGAAAUCAACUGCUGGUGUACAUGAAUGAACGUGGAAGGACGGAUUAUUCAUGAACAAAAUGUUGAGGCUCUUGUUACGGUUCGUGGACCCAUGUGUUGACAUUUAGGCAUGGGAAGGAAGCGGACAUUGUUCUAAUCCUACGCGCUUCAGGCUGCGAAGGAAGAGGACGACGAGAACACGUUCUUUUUGUGUGCUGGUUAGUUGACCUUGUGCUUCUAGCUGCUUCUCUCUCAUUCCACAUCAGUGUAACACACAGUCAGAGUGAAGAUGAAAUUCGUCUUGCCUAGGAUGACGAACCUGAAGGCGCCUACAGCAGUGAGACCGAAAGAAGCGUCAACACGUCGUUACAUGUCACUCUGGGAAAAGCUGCGCCGAUGUCGUUCAGCUAGGAUAUUAUUGCCCAUUCUCCUCGUGCUGAUUCUGCUCCAAUAUUACUUCCUGGCACGUUCAACGAGGGUUCCACUACAUGGCAUGAUCAACCCGAACAGGUCCCGCACAUCGCUCAAUGGGCUCGGCACGCAAUCGAAGGUUAUCAGACAAAAGACGAAUGGUUCGAAAGUUUCUCUGGCUCCGAAAAAGGUCACGACAGAUCACCCACCAAUGCCACCAGAGCUGGUGAAAUAUCUGCGUAUCCCAUACAACGAGUUGUGCGAUCCCGUUCCUCCGAAUCUUGUGGGACACGUGGAACCCGUACUGACCCCGCCAGCGUUACAGAUGAUAGAGGAAAGAUUCCCGGAGCUCAAACCAGGUGGAAGGUACACUCCAAAACACUGUAUGGCUAGGAGCCGCGUCGCCAUCAUCGUACCCUAUUCAAAACGCCUUCUUCAUCUCCAAAUAUUCCUGUAUAAUCUACAUCCGAUACUCCAGAGACAGCAGCUGGAUUACGGUAUCUACAUCAUUGAGCAGGCUGGUCACGACCCGUUCAAUCAAGGCAAGCUACAAAACGUGGGCUUCGUGGAGGCCUUGAAGCAGCACAACUACGAGUGCUUCUUCAUCCAUGACAUUGACCUUGUCCCUCAAGACGAUCGAAACCUGUACACCUGUGCUGAGUAUCCAAGGCACGUUGGUGCUUCACAGGAUAAGUUCAAGUACAGGUAUCCUUACCAGGGGUACUUUGGUGGAGCAGUUGCUCUUACGAAGGAACACAUGGAAUUGCUCAAUGGCUACUCGAAUGAGUAUUGGGGAUGGGGAGGCGAAGACGAUGACAUACAUAACAGGAUUUUCGCGAAGGGCCUGAAGAUCACAAGGUACUCCAUGAACGUAGCGCGGUAUACUCACCUAGGUCAUCGCCGUGGCAUACGAAACCCCAUGAGGCAUAACGCGCUGUAUGACGGGGUAGCCAGGGCCAAAACAGAUGGGCUCAACAGUCUGAAGUACAAGAGGCUUCAGUUGGAGCAUUAUAAACUGUACACGUGGGUUCUGGUUGACCUGUUAUAUAAUCAGACUCGUAGAACGGACAUUCCCAUCUACACCGGUCACUAUACUACAAAGAAACCAUAAAAAGAGACGAACGGAGAGAGCGAACGGAAUGAGUGAUUUAACAGUGACAGAAUGAAAGGGAUAAUAAACUCUUUUUAAAAAGAACA